AUGAACCACAUCCACCAGUACUGCGUAUUCAGCGCCCUGAUGCAAGGGUUCUCCUCCGACGGAGCCACAGUGUCCGACAUUCUCUCAAAAUGUAACCACGGGCUCGGCACCGUCUGCAACAUGAAUGGCGAAAUCGUCAUCAUCGACGGGGAAGCCUACCACUUCACCCCAGACGAUAAGCUGCACAAGCUUGCGCCUACAGACCGCAUGCCUAUGAUCGUAGCGACAGACUUCCAGCCCACAAUGACGAAGUCGCUAGAUACGCUGCGUAUGGACGCGCUCAAGGACGCCUUGCAUCCGUACUUCCCAGCCAAACAGAACAAUUUCAUCGCCGUCCGUCUAGACGCCUCCUUCAAGCGGAUUGUCUAUCGCAUUGGCGGGCCCCAGCUACGGCCCAAAGAGUCGUUGCUAGAACUGGCCAAACGGCAAACAGUAAAGUCGUAUGAGAACAUCUCCGGCACUUUGUUCGGGUUCUACUCACCCCCUUAUACUAAUGGGCUCUGCGUGGCUGGAUUUCACCUGCAUUUCCUGUCGGAUGACCGUCGGGCUGGUGGGCAUAUUUUGGACUUUGAGGCCGAACAAGUCGUUCUUAAGGCGGCGGUGAAUACGCAUCUUCAUUUGGAAUUCCCGCAGUCUGAGGAGUUUAAUGAGGAGUUGAUACUACCGGAGUUGGCAAAGGAUUUGCACUUGGCUGAAUAG